AUGCACAAGGUGCUCACUUUGCUUCCUGGAGUGGAGGAAGGGCCUGGUCCUGCCUCAGCCUGUCUACUGCUGACACUCCUGGCCCUCCCUCCUGUGACUCCCAGCUGCCCUAUGCUCUGCACCUGCUACUCAUCCCCACCCACCGUGAGCUGCCAGGCCAACAACUUCUCUUCAGUGCCGCUGUCCCUGCCACCCAGCACCCAGCGACUCUUCUUGCAGAACAACCUCAUUCGCUCCCUGCGGCCAGGCACCUUUGGUCCUAACCUACUCACCCUGUGGCUCUUCUCCAACAACCUCUCCACCAUCUACCCUGGAACCUUCCGCCAUCUGCAGGCCCUAGAGGAACUGGACCUCGGUGACAAUCGGCACCUUCGCUCCCUGGAGCCCGAUACCUUCCAAGGCCUGGAGCGGCUACAGUCACUACAUCUGUAUCGCUGCCAGCUCAGCAGCCUGCCUGGCAACAUUUUUCGAGGCCUGGUCAGCCUACAGUACCUCUACCUCCAGGAGAACAGCCUGCUCCACCUACAGGAUGACUUGUUCGCAGACCUGGCCAACCUGAGCCACCUCUUUCUCCACGGGAACCGCCUGCGGCUGCUCACAGAGCACGUGUUCCGCGGCCUGGGCAGCCUGGAGCGGCUGGCGGGGGACGGGGGCACUGUGGCAGCCCCGAAGACUGUGUAUAAGGUGGCUCGGCCCCAUUCGCCCUGA